AUGUCGGCGCUCAACAAGCUCGCGCACCUGUCGCUGGUGAAUAAGGUGACGACGGAGCUCGAGAACCACAUAGGCAUCGCGGACAAGACCCUCUCGGAGUUCAUCAUAGACCUCGCGGGGAAGCACGACGAGCCGAGGGCGUUCCAGAAGGCCCUUGAGGAUGCCGGCGCGGAGCUGUCGUUCGACUUGGUGCGCAGCCUCCUGGCCAUCAUCCAACGCAUGAAGCCCGGCGGGAACAAGGGCGGUGCUGGCGGGGGUGGAGGGGGCGUCGGGGGCGCGGGCGGGCCGCCGAGACCCGUGAGACCCACCGCCGACAAUCCCCUCCCGGGGCUGGCAGUGCGCGACGACGUGGAGCGCGCCAAGGCGCUGACCCGGGAGAUCUACGGCGAUAACCCCAUCACCGCGAACAUGGCGGACGAUCCGAGGUUCCUCGACAGACGCGACGACGACAGGGGGCGCGGGGGCAGGGACCGCAGCCGAGAUCGCGACUCGGGCCGGGGCGGCAGGGAUCGAUCGAGGGACAGGGGCCGCUCCAGGGACCGGGGCGGCGGCUCCUCCUCCGCGGCGGCGCUCAAGAACGGCGAGCCCGAGGUGGGCGCCAUCUAUCGCGGCAGGGUCACCAACGUCAUGGACUUCGGAUGCUUCGUCGAGCUCACCGAGUUCAGCCGCAAGUUCGAGGGGCUCGUGCACGUCUCCAUGAUCUCGUCGCAAAAAGGGGUCAACGCCAGAGAUCAGGUCCAGCGCGACCAGAGCGUGUGGGUCAAGGUCACCACGCGAUCGGCCACGCGCAUGGCGCUCAGCAUGAGGGACGUGAACCAGUCCACGGGAGACGACCUCCUCGGCGGCGGGGGGAACGAAGGAUCGGCCAACGGGUACGCCAACCCCGCCGGACCCGCCGCGAACCGACUCGGCCAGUCCUUACGCGGCUUAUCCGGAAUAACCCCCACCGCGGAGGACGUCGCCGGGGACACGAGGCGGCGGCCGGUGAAGAGGCUCUCGUCCCCGGAGCGUUGGGAGGCGAAGCAGCUCAUCGCGUCCGGGGUUUUAAAGACGGAGGAGUACCCCACGUACGACGCAGAAAACGAGGGGCUGCUCGCGUACGAAGAGGAGGCGGAGCAGGAGAUUGAGAUUGAGAUCAACGAGGACGAGGCGCCGUUUCUGGCGGGGCAGACGGCUAAUGGCGGGGACGUGUCGCCGAUCAAGAUCGUGAAGAACCCCGACGGGAGUUUGCAGCGCGCGGCGAUGACGCAGAGCGCGCUGGCGAAGGAGAGGAGGGAGCUCAAGGAGCAGCAGCAGAGGACGGCUUUGGAGUCCAUCCCGAAGGACCUCAACCGGCCUUGGGAGGAUCCCAUGCCGGAGGCUGGCGAGCGGCACCUCGCCGCGGAGCUCAGGGGCGUGGGCCUGGGAGGGUAUGAGAUGCCCCAGUGGAAGGUGGAGGCGUUCGGCAAGGCGCCCACGUUUGGCCAGAAGUCGUCCCUGCCCAUGCAGGCGCAGCGCGAGUCGCUCCCGAUUUUCAAGCUGAGGGACGAGCUCAUCCAGGCGGUGAACGAUAACCAGGUGCUCGUGGUCAUCGGCGAGACCGGAUCCGGUAAGACGACGCAGAUGACCCAGUACCUGGCGGAGAGCGGUUACACCAGCAGGGGACGGAUCGGGUGCACUCAGCCGAGGCGCGUGGCGGCGAUGUCCGUGGCGAAGCGCGUGGCUGAGGAGUUUGGAUGCCGACUCGGCGAGGAGGUUGGGUACGCGAUUCGAUUCGAGGACUGCACGUCGCCCGAGACUGUGAUCAAGUACAUGACGGACGGUAUGCUGCUCAGGGAGGCGCUUCUCGACGACGCGCUGUCGCAGUACUGCUUGAUCAUGCUCGACGAGGCGCACGAGAGGACGAUUCACACCGACGUCUUGUUCGGCUUACUGAAGAAGUGCUGCGCCAAGCGGAAGGACCUGAAGAUCAUCGUGACGUCCGCGACGCUGGACGCGGAGAAGUUCUCGUCGUAUUUCUUCAACUGCCCGAUCUUCACGAUCCCGGGACGGACGUUCCCGGUGGAGGUGCUGUAUACGAAGGCGCCCGAGACUGAUUACAUGGAAGACGACACUCACCUUUCGCAAACCAUUCGCAAACUCUCGCAGGACGCCGCGCUAAUCACCGUCAUGCAGAUUCACCUCACCGAACCCGAGGGCGACAUCCUCCUCUUCCUCACCGGCCAGGAGGAGAUCGACACGUCGUGCCAGAUCCUCUUCGAACGCAUGAAGGGCCUCGGUCCCUCCGUGCCCGACCUCCACAUCCUCCCCGUGUACUCGUCGCUCCCGUCGGAGAUGCAGACGCGAAUCUUCGAGCCCGCGCCGCCCGGUUCCCGCAAGGUCAUCGUCGCCACCAACAUCGCCGAGGCUUCGCUCACGAUCGACGGCAUCUACUACGUCGUCGACCCGGGAUUCGCGAAGCAAAAAGUCUUCAACCCGAAGGUUGGGAUGGACUCGCUCGUGGUGGCGCCCAUCUCGCAGGCGUCGGCGAGGCAGCGAGCCGGACGAGCGGGUCGAACCGGGCCCGGCAAGUGCUUCAGGCUGUACACCGAGAGCGCGUACAAGAACGAGAUGCUCCCCACGUCCGUCCCGGAGAUUCAGCGCACGAACCUGGGCACCACGACGCUGACGCUGAAGGCGAUGGGUAUCAACGAUCUCUUGCACUUCGAUUUCAUGGACCCGCCCCCACCGCAGACGCUGAUUAGCGCGCUGGAGCAGCUCUACAACCUCGGCGCGCUCGACGAGGAGGGACUGCUGACGAGGCUCGGGCGCAAGAUGGCCGAGUUCCCGCUCGAACCCCCGAUGAGCAAGAUGCUCAUCGCUGCGGUGGAUCUGGGGUGCUCGGAUGAGAUUUUGACCAUCGUCGCGUGCCUAUCCGCGCAGAACAUCUGGUUCCGACCGAGGGAGAAGCAGGCGGCGGCGGAUCAGAAAAAGGCGAAAUUCUUCCAGCCCGAGGGCGACCACCUGUCCUUGCUCACCGUUUACGAGAGCUGGAAGGCUCAGAAGUUCUCGUCGCCGUGGUGCUUCGAGAACUACCUUCAGGCGAGAUCGCUGCGAAGGGCGCAGGACGUGCGAAAGCAGCUGCUGACCAUCAUGGACAGGUACAAGCUCGACGUGGUCUCCGCCGGGCGAAAUUUCAACAAGAUUCGCCGAGCGAUUUGCUCCGGAUUUUUCUUUCACAGCGCGAAGAAGGAUCCUCAGGAGGGAUACAAGACGGUCGUCGAGAACACGCCCACGUACAUUCACCCCGCGUCGGCGCUGUUUCAGAGGCAACCGGACUGGGUGGUGUACCACGAGCUGGUGCUCACGUCGAAGGAGUACAUGCGCGAGUGCUGCGUCAUCGAGCCAAAGUGGCUAGCGGAGCUGGCGCCGAGGUUCUUUAAGCUGUGCGAUCCGAGGCACAUCUCGAAGAGGAAAAGGAUGGAGAGGCUGGAGCCGCUGUUCGAUCGGUUCAACGAUCCGCAGGCGUGGCGCCUGUCCAAGCGCCGCGGCUGA